AUGUCGGUCCCUCCGGAAGCCCUGCAGAAGCUCCUGCAAGAGAUUGAAACCCGUGCCAUGGCCUCACAGCAGCAGAUCAGUGUUACCAAGGCCCAGCUCACUGCUAAGCAGCGCGAAAUCCGCAUGCAGCAGUUGACCACUAAGGAGUUGUCGGAAUUGCCCGACGAGACCAGAGUGUACGAAGGUGUAGGAAAGAUGUUUGUCAACGUUCCUAUUGAUACUGUUAACAAGCGCCUCACUCGCGAGAGCUCCGAGUCUAAGGCCGAGAUCUCCAACUUGGAGAAGAAGCUGCAUUACCACGAGACGACAUUCAAGAACAGCCGGGAAAACUUUGAGCAGAUCAUUAAGUCUGGAGGACGUGCGUAA